GGGGCCGGACCCCAGCCAUGGCCCCGCCGCGCGCCGCCCCGCAGCCCCGACGCCCCGCCGCGCCUCCGCAGCCCCGCGAGUAGCAGGGCAGGGCCGGGCAGCGCGGCGGCGGCGGCAGCAUGGGCGAGAAGGCCGGCACCAGGGUUUUCAAGAAGUCCAGCCCCAACUGCAAGCUUACUGUCUAUUUGGGGAAGAGGGACUUUGUGGACCACCUGGAGAGAGUCGACCCUGUUGAUGGAGUAGUUCUUGUGGAUCCUGAAUACCUGAAGGAUCGGAAGGUUUUUGUGACGCUGACCUGUGCCUUCCGAUAUGGGCGCGAGGACCUCGACGUGCUGGGCCUCUCCUUCCGCAAGGACCUCUUCUUGGCCUCGUGGCAGGCCUUCCCGCCCGCUGAGGAUGCCCCCGAACCUCUCACCCGCUUACAGGAGCGGCUGCUGCGCAAACUGGGCACCAACGCCCACCCCUUCAGUUUCAUUAUCCCUCAGAAUCUGCCCUGUUCAGUGACGCUGCAGCCAGGCCCCGAAGACACAGGGAAGGCUUGUGGAGUAGAUUUCGAGAUCCGGGCAUUCUGUGCCAAAAACGUAGAUGAGAAGAUCCAUAAAAGGAACUCCGUCCGCCUCGUUAUCCGCAAAGUCCAGUAUGCCCCGGAGACGCCCGGUCCUCAGCCCAUGGCUGAGACCACCCGCCACUUCCUGAUGUCGGAUCGGUCCCUGCACCUCGAAGCGUCCCUCGACAAGGAGCUUUAUUACCAUGGUGAGCCCGUCAGCGUCAACGUUCACGUCACCAACAAUUCUAGCAAGAGCGUCAAGAAAGUGAAAGUGUCUGUGCGGCAAUAUGCAGACAUCUGCCUGUUUAGUACAGCCCAGUACAAGUGCCCCGUGGCCCAAAUAGAACAGGAUGACCAAGUGGCGGCCAGCUCCACCUUCUGCAAAGUCUACACCCUGACGCCCCUGCUGAGCAACAACCGGGAGAAAAGGGGCCUCGCCCUCGACGGGAAGCUGAAGCACGAGGACACCAACCUGGCUUCCUCCACCAUCGUAAAGGAGGGCGCCAACAAGGAAGUCCUCGGCAUCCUGGUUUCCUACCGCGUCAAAGUGAAGCUGGUGGUCUCCCGGGGCGGGGACGUGGCCGUGGAGCUUCCCUUUGUCCUUAUGCACCCCAAGCCGCCUGACCAGACCCCCCUUUCGCAGACCCCUUCAGCUGCCCAAGAAACGGACACUCCAGUCGACACAAAUCUUAUCGAGUUUGAAACCAACUACGGACAGGAUGAUGACAUCGUUUUUGAAGACUUUGCCCGCCUGCGCUUAAAGGGCUUGAAGGAUGACAAGGAAGACGAUGACCAUUUCUGCUAGGAGAGCCCCCCCCCCUGCCUGGGAUCGGCCCCCCCCCCCCGUGAAUGUUUUUUAUUACUUUCCCCUCCAGUUGCAGGAGCCAUUUGCCCCUCACCUUGUGUCUUCUGUGCUGUGGGGGGGGGCUUUUAAUGUGACUGUGGGGGGGGGUCCUCGGGCGCAUCCUUCCUCCCCCUGCUGCCGUUUUCCUGAUGGAUUUUAAUGUUUGGGGACAGCCACCCCCUGUGCACUGGAGCCCUCCUUGGGCAUUCGCUGCCUUCUGCCUCAGCCCCACUGUGUGUCUUCCCUCCCCCCCUCCCCCCCCCCGGACACUUUGUUUGGUAUCAAGAGAGGGAGGAGGAAGCAAAGGAGCCAUCCAGCCAGGGCUGCCACCUGCCUGAGUCCUGGCUCCCAGGCCUGCAGAGCUGGGUGGGAGGUUAGGCCACCGGCUGCAAAGGAAUAAAACUCAGUACUUCAGA